GAGGUCCAAGAUGAUGCGACAGAAAUCGGUCCAGUAUACACAGGUACAACUGAGAGACAACCUGAAGAGGGAAUCCAGAUUGUGACACCGACCAGAGCAGCUGUCACAGAGAAACAGGGAGGGAACUUGAAAGGAAGGCGAGGUGAAGAUCUGGAGAGGGCAACUUUGGAACCGGGGCUGAAGGUGAGUGAAGGAGGUGAACAGCUAGAAUCUUCCAUAAGCACUUACCCACAGUACGUGGAUGUGACGAGCAUUGGAAGGCGUCGUCAGACCACCACGCCGGGAGUCGAACUAGACGCGGCAUCCAUAUCGUCUCUUAACCCACUCCCAUACGUCGAAAUAAACAGCGUCACCAGAAGACAAAACACAAACCACGACAAUAACAUCACCACAGACAAGCCACAGAUUUCAUCUUCUUUUCAACCACUUACUGACUCCCUCCUAGCAGCACGUCAACCGCACGACGUAGAGGUAUCUAGUACUGGUAGAACACGUAGCACAAACAAUGCUAGGAUCUCCAUUCCCGAAGACACCCCACUGACAACAUCCGUGCCCACCACACCUGACAGAAAUCACCCAAAAUAUGUAGACAUUAUUUCCAGAAGCAUUAGUAGUACUGUCCCUUCUAAUUAUCCGGGUGUUCCUGCAUCUGUAACAGAAACAUCUAUCCCGACGUACAAGCACAGUAAUUGGAUUUCCAGGAGACGUGGCUCCGCUGUGCGCAGUACUGGCACCCCAUCCGCUGAGACUCUGCCCCUAAGGACAGACAAUUAUCCUAAUUUCCAAAUAAAUCCUCCCCCAACGACGCCUAUGGAUCUGACAGAAUCGACGUCACAGGGCCCAUCUGUUCCAAGUACAAUAAUCCCACCAACAUCCACUGGAUUCACUCCUACAGUAACGAGGGUUAUUACUUCAGUAACAGAAUCUGGUACUACAGAACGCCAGAGAAUUUCCAUAAACAGAGUUCCCUACAUAGCAAUAGCCGCUCUGAGAGGAGAGACGUCGUAUCCCGGUCCACUGCUGCAAAACGGACAUCCGACGGUCACCGCUGAUCAGAGAUUAUUUCGUCCAACUACGACGACGACGACGACAGUUUCUUUCGAGCAUGAAUUCAUCACCAACAGUUCAGUGGAGCAAAACACCAUUCCAGUGACUACACCCACAGAUCAUACGCUCGAAAAGUUAAUGGAGGUAAAUCGAAUAACACUCGUCACCCUAAAAGAAGAGUUGCCAGUUGCAUAUACACGGGCGUUGUCUGGAAAUGAAACAACUGAAAGGAUGCUAGUUGACGAACAGUCGGACAAAACCAUGGACAAAGUAAGCGAAGUGUCUCGUAUGAAAUACGUGACUGUAUUUGGUGGAAGCCAAACCGCGAGUCCAACGAUUGAUACUUCGCGCAAGACAUUCACUACUUUGCCCACAGCCUCACGAGUUCCAUCGGAGACACAGUACUACGAAAAUGCCAUAGACACUCAAGGCGAACUUCAGUCUGGAAAACCUCACUAUUACAACAGCACAGGCAGCUUCAAGCUGGGUAACGUCAGCACGGAUUCAGAUGCUGAACCCAUGGUCACUUCAGUUACUUCGAAAGAAGCCGAAUCAACAACUAUUAUAGAUGACGACAUUAGUUCCACAGACAAACCCCCUACUUCCAUUAGUCCACUUAGCAAUAGACGACGCCAAGGUUCAGGAAGGAAACCGGGAGUAGAUUAUUUUAAAAACAGGAGAAUAUCAACUUCCGUCUCAACGAUAGUUUCAAGUACCCCAUCAACGUUUUCCCAUAAAAGUAGAGGACAAAGGAAAAGACCUCGUCCAUAUCGACCGACGUCGACGACAGUACCAGAGGAGGAAGCAGUGGAAUUGCGAAGUCCUGACGACUCGAAAGUGGACAACCGGACUGCUGACACUACCCGGAAUACCGAUCCCCGGAGAACGUUCGUCCCAAAGAGAGGCCAACGCAGAAGACCACGUCCGUAUGUACCAAGUUCGACGUCAGCAGACGAGGUGACAAAUCCAGUAGACAACGAUGGUAGGGAGAACAUCGUUCUGGUGACUGAAAUUGCCGACAAUGCAACGACUGGAUUCAUCCCGAAGAGUGGUAACAGACGAAGAGGAACGACUCCGAAACCAACAACAGAUAAUUCAAAAGCAACGUCCAUGACACAGAUAGGCGAAAGUGUAAAUUUAAAAGUAGCCGACAAGGGACUGAAAGUCUUGGAUACAUAUGAUCCCUCUGACAAUGCUGAAUCAAUUACGCGGGUUGUUGAUGCCUUUAUUCCAGAGAAUGCGUCACGGUCUGUUCCCACAAACGGUCACGGGAACGCAAGUAGUCCAACAGAACCAAAUCUAAAACUUAAAACUGCAGAUGAUAUUGACGUCAGUACUAUUAAACAUUCUCAGACUACGGAAUCGACUAUUAUAUCUGAAACUUCACCAGAAUCAGAAUUUAAUUCGGAAUCAAACGUUAAAUAUUUAAGUUCAGGUUUGAACAACGCGGAAAAUGGCACACACGGAAAUUCAACGGGAGUGGAGGAAACUCUGAAGCCUACGUCGCUCCGUGCAUACACGGAGGAGUCCGUAACACCGCCUUCUACCAAAUCGAGUGACAUCGCGUCCACAACUACUGGAAUCUGGCACGGUGACAGAAUGCGAGUUAAGAAGAGACGCAGACGUCCCGUCACGCACAUCUUGGCCCCUCCGGAGACACAGACAGAACCAAAGAGUGAAGAGAAAACGCCUUCCUGGAAUAAUCUUCAAGCGACACAGAAUGAAACCAAAUUCACAAACUCGCCUGCAGAGACAGAUGUUUCCAGCAGUAAUCCUGAAAAUAACUCGGUUGUUACUUUCGCUACAGCUGCUUUAUUAGGAAGAGACCAUUACGAAGUGACGAGCGUAGGCUCUGUCGGUGACUUUGCAGCCACUGGUGUCAGAGAAGGUAAACACAUGGCGACGCCCUCCGUCGUAAACGAUCCUAAUAGUAUAGCAAUCUCCCGCAAGACUCAGAAAAAUAAAUCUGCCGCCAUUACGAACACCAUCAUCGUAAAUAACGUGACACUUCAUGACUCUUCAUACGAUUUCCAAACUUCCUCGCACGAUUCUGAACAAAGUAUUAUCGCAGACAGUGACUUAAGUACUGACGGUUCUAACUAUGAUUUAGGAAGGAAUUCAAUUUAUAAACCGCCAGCUUCCGAAGAGGUUCAUUACAGUGUUUUGGAUUCUGCAGUAGAGUUCCCGAACGAAAGUCAUACUGAGGGAACUUACCAUGAGAAAUCUGAGGCUACUAUAAAUACAUCCUCGAGACCGGGUCACAGAGAUUUUUUCAUUCCCAGUGUUGAUUUAGCAUCAGAGCCCGGAGACGAACAAUCUUUAGGUUCACCAGCAGCCACAGGCAGGGUCAAGCCUGGAUCCUCUAGCCCCGAAGGCAAGACGAGACGUCUGGUGAGGAGAAAACGACCGAAAAUUACCACUGAGGAACCUCUAGUACAGAGUGAGGUGGUCACCACGACGACGCGAAAUCUGCGACGUCCUACAGGGGCAUUAUAUAACCCUAACCGACUGCGUCAGCGCUCUACGACGACGACGACGACGACGACAACGACAGAGACGCCCGUGAGUUCAACGGAGUCUGAAAAGGAUCGCCGAAAACCCGGAACCAGACUCGUCCGGCGUAGGAAGUACGGUCCAUCCGCCAAUCAAACGAGAGACAGUGACGCCACGGCGUCCGAUGCCCAGCCUUCGGACGCUCCCACAGACAAAGACGAUUCUCGUGGUCGGGUGAGGAAGUACAGUUUUCCAAGACGCCGCGCCAACACUACGCCACCGCCCCCAGUGACGACAACGCCAGUGCCAGUGACGACGUUACCUACGAACGACACCCCAGGUCCGGGGGUGGAGCGGGGCGAGAUACAGCUGCUGGAAUCCAACGCACAGCAACCCAAAGACGCGGAGGUACAGGAGGAAAGCACGACCACAAAGUUACCAGACCUCGCUAAUUCAGCAGUAGUCGCCAUCCACAACCUAGCAACCGUACCCCCCACAAGCCAGGCUUCACCGGAGAUAUUUAAAAGUACACGUACAAUCUCUACGACGCCAAGAUUUUCAUCAACAAGUAGUUCAACACCGGCCACAUCUUCUCCACCCCCUCGUCGAGCAUCUAAAGUGUUCCCCGGCGAGCAAUCCCUUCCAUCGUCAUCUGGGUCAGCGUCCCCCAGGCGCCUACCGGACAGCGUCUCCGCCAGGCCACGUCCGUUCUCGAAGACGACGCCAUCUGCUGCUGCCGCUCCAGCGACCAGCGCACGUACCAGCAACGCAAGACCCAAACCAACGCCUGUCAUAGAUUACGAGUACUACGAUGACGAUGACGUCGGAAUCCUAGACGUGGCGCCGAUUUCAGGGAAAGUUAAGAUUCACUCCGAUGGUUAUAUCGAAUGCCUAGACCGCGGGAAUUUCCCACACCCUUUCUCUUGCAAGAAAUUUAUCUCGUGUGCCAAGAUGGAAAAUGGCGAACUUCUGGGCUGGGAGUAUACUUGCCCCAGACAAUUAUCAUUUGAUCCUAUUGGCGGAAUUUGUAAUUGGUCUGCGGGACUGGGUUGCAAGGAAUAAGUGAUGGCCUUCAGUCUUCCGACGAAGUAAAAUACGGACAGAAACAGGGUUACGGGACCUGAACUUCGCCUCUUUGAUUGCACCAAAUGGAAUGCAGUGCGAAUGUACACGUGUU